UCUCUCUCCUCCCUCCCUCUCUCUCUCUCUCCCUCUGUACCUCUCUAUCACUCUCUCGGCUCGGACCGGACGCACACCAUGGACUCGGACGGAACUCAGAGCGGCUCGGACUCCCCGCACGACCCCUGCAAAAUGUUCAUCGGAGGUCUGAGCUGGCAGACUACUCAAGAGGGUCUGAAGGAUUACUUCUGUAAAUUCGGUGAGGUGAAGGAGAGCAUGGUGAUGCGAGAUCCGGUUACUAAACGCUCCAGGGGCUUUGGGUUCGUCACGUUUGCCGACCAGGCCGGCGUGGAUAAAGUUUUGGCUCAAACCCGACACGAGCUCGAUUCCAAAACGAUUGACCCGAAAGUGGCGUUCCCUCGCCGAGCUCAGCCGAAGCUGGUGACCAGGACGAAGAAGAUCUUUGUGGGCGGAUUAUCGGUGAACACCACCAUCGACGACGUCAAGCAGUACUUCGACCAGUUCGGGAAGGUGGAUGACGCCAUGUUAAUGUUCGAUAAAACCACCAACAGACACAGAGGUUUUGGCUUUGUGACGUUCGAGAACGAGGACGUGGUGGAGAAGGUGUGUGAGAUCCACUUCCAUGAGAUCAACAAUAAAAUGGUGGAGUGUAAAAAGGCUCAGCCUAAGGAAGUGAUGUCACCAGCAGGGUCCUCCAGAGGACGAGCGAGGGUCAUGCCCUACGGCAUGGACGCCUUCAUGCUGGGGAUCGGCAUGCUGGGUUAUCCAGGAUUCCAGGCAGCAACGUACACUGGCCGUAGUUACACCUCUAUCACUCCAGGAUACACAUAUCAGUUCCCAGAAUUCCACUUAGAGAGGACCCCCCUCCUGACUUCUCCCCACCCUCCCGAACUCACAGCGAUCCCUCUGACGGCGUAUAAUCCGAUGGCAGCAGCGGCAGCUGCAGCAGCCGUGGUAAGAGGCUCCGCCCCCUCUCGCUCUGCUGGCUUUCUGAGCACUAGCAGUCCUGGACCAAUGGCGGAGCUUUAUGGAACGGCCAGUCAGGAGUCCACAGUGAGCAGUUACAUCAGCGCUGCAAGCCCCGCCCCCAGCACCGGCUUCAGCCACGGCCUCGGGGGUCCUCUGAUCGCUACAGCGUUCACUAACGGCUACCACUGAGAUGGCGGAUGAAUGGAUGAGCCAAUCACGCGCUUCCAUGGAGAAAAACUACACUAGUGUUUCCUGUGUUUCUCUUACAUCACUUCCUGUACUAACACUGUCUCUGUCUCGCUCCUAACAGAAGGACAUGUAAAUAUUUUAUUUCUGGUACGAAGGAAAACUUUCUUGUUUUUUUAUCUUUUAAAUAUUUUCACUCUUCCUGUUGAUUUUUUCCCCCUUUGUGUCCGACAUGCUGUUUACUUUUCGUUCCGUGUUUUUUGAGACACUGUAGGUUUACACUCGUAGCCUCACGUUUUAAGAUGUCAAACCAUCGACGGGAGCAAUAAUGUGUGUCCUGUGCAGGCAUGUGCCGAGAUUAGUUUCAUCACCAACAUUCCCGGGUUAAAAAUACAAAAACACACAUUUUUUAUACUGCGCUCACUGCAUUCUAGUUUUAUAUGCUAAUGUCGCUAAUAAUGACUACGACUAAAAAAAAAAAUCAUCUCAGAUGUCCUAACAGGUUAACUGAUGUUAGCCAGCUAGCUAACACUAACACUGAACAUUUCACACAUUCAUAAAGUUCAUGUAAAUUACUCACAAUCUGUCAUGCUAACUCUCUAUCGGUAAUUAAUCAUUAAAUAACAUUAAUUCUUAGUUAAAUAAUCAACAAUCAUACUUUUUAUUUAAAGGGAAUCCAGUCAGGUAAACUCAGGUUGACUUGCUAGCUACUAUUAGCAGUGAAGAUUCCACACUUUUAAAUUGUCAUUUGUUAGCUGUAAGCUAGCUAGCAUUAAGAGUGAUUACUAGCUAGCUGAUUAUAUCAGUGAAUAUUAUGAUUGUUUGUUUAUAGGAAUUAUUUUUCAUCUCACUGAGGUUAACUCAUAUUACACAACUAGCAUUAGCACUGACUUUAGCAGUGUAUUGUCUCUUGAAGUCAAGUAGCAUUUUGGCUGGCUAGUUAGCUUGCUAGCAUUACCAAUACAGAUUAGGAUACAAAACCUCUCAGAAAUCCUGUCAGGUUGGCUGUUAGAUGUAGACGUGAUGUUCUUUAAUUAGCUAGCAUCUGUUAGCAUUAAAGAUUAAGAAGGAUCAAUACUUUCACUUUAAAGUUCCUCUCAGAAAUCCUGUCAGUGUAGCGUUAGCAAUAAAGAUUAUGAGCGUAUAUGAGAAAAAACAGCCUCAUAAAAAAUGUCAUUUUAGAAUGUCUUUGGAAGCGAGCUAGCAAGUCCGCAUUACACUCAACAUCACAGCAUGGUAGCUAGGUAACUAGCCACUGUUAGCAAUGAUAUAUGAUUUCUUUUAAUCCUGUCAGGUUAGCUAAUGUUAACUAGCUAGCAUUAACAGUUAUGCAUAUAAACAUUCAUACACAAGACAUAUGACUUUAUGAAUUAGUCUCAGAGAU